UGUUGUUUUUAUUUUCUGUCUCACCAGGACACCAGGCUGUCACUCAUUGCCACAGACCACACCUACAGACAGAACUUCACUGCUGUAGAUGACACCAGAGCCACCAAGAUCGGAACCAUUAGAACCAUCAUCAAUAUGAUUAAAAACGAGACAAGGGAUACGUGUUGCUCCUUCGAAUGCACUGCUCCAGGAGGGCCAAAGGGAUUGAUAGGAGACCCUGGAUCCAAGGGAGAGUCAGGUAGACCAGGAAUGCCAGGAGAGAAAGGAGAUCCUGGUCCCAAGGGCAGCAUUGGAGAUCCUGGUCCAGUUGGUUACAGUGGAAUGAAGGGAGACCGUGGUGGCAGAGGAGAAAAGGGUGAAAGAGGACACAAAGGCUUCAAGGGAGACAAAGGUCAAAGGGGAAGGGAUGGAAUUGAUGGACGCAAGGGUGAGGCUGGUUUCGCUGGUCUUCCCGGCUGUAAAGGAUCUCCCGGAUCAGAUGGCCUACAGGGAGAUCCUGGACCAAAGGGAGACCCUGGUCCUUAUGGAAUAAAAGGAGAAAAAGGAGAUCCUGGAAAAGACGGCCUGUCUGGAAGACCUGGAAACUAUGGUGCAUCGGGACCUAAGGGCGAGCCGGGCUCUCGUGGAGGCGAUGGGGACAAAGGAGAGCGCGGUGACGAUGGCCCUACAGGACCAGAUGGACCUCGCGGCGAGAGAGGAACUAUUGGAGAGAAAGGGGUUCAAGGUUCCCCCGGAAACAGAGGUCCAAGAGGAGAUCCCGGGGACCCUGGACCCCGUGGAGAACCGGGGAGGGAGGGCACACCUGGUCCCAACGGAGACCCUGGUGUGAAAGGCAGAGAAGGGCCUCCUGGCUACAGAGGAGAUGAAGGACCAUCUGGACCAGAAGGACCCAAAGGAAUCAGAGGAAUCAAAGGCGCUCCUGGAGACAGAGGCCUGAUUGGCGACAGGGGAGAAGAUGGUGCCCCAGGAAAUGGUACCGCAGGUUGUCCUGGCUUCCAGGGUUAUCCUGGGACCCGUGGAGAUCCUGGUGAGCCUGGUGGCAAGGGAACCCCUGGACCCAAAGGAGAUGACGGAGAUCCCGGAGAUCCAGGCCCCGAUAACGACAUCCCAGGAACUCCAGGACGUAAAGGAGCCAAAGGUCACAGAGGACCCGACGGCAAUCCAGGACCUCCUGGGCCUCCUGGACCAGCAGGAACUGAUGAAUGUGAAAUUCUGGAUAUCAUCAUGAAGCUCUGUUCUUGUUGUGAGUGUAAGUGUGGAUCUCUGGACCUGGCGUUCAUUGUGGACAGCUCAGAGAGUAUUGGUGAAUCAAACUUUGCUCUUGCCAAAGACUUUAUCAUCACAGUCAUUGACAGACUGAUCAAAGACCAGCAAGUCAAGUUUGCAGGUAAUGAGUCCAGAGUGAGUGUAGUGCAGUACAGUGGAGCAAGGGCCCAAGAAGCUGUCCAAUUGGGAUCCAACGCUUUUAGCCUCACCGACUUCAAACAGAAAGUGAGAGACUUGAGAUGGCUGGCUGAGGCCACAUACACAGGCGAGGCCCUUGAUUUCGCUCUAAAAAACACAAUCAGUCUGAUGCGGCAAGACAACCGAGUUGUUCUUGUCCUCACCGACGGACGUUCUGAUACUGAUAGGGACACGAUUCCCCUCAACAUCCUCUGUGGUCAAAAUGUCCGGGUGGGUGGUUUAGGAGUGAAGGACUACGCAGGUCGUCAGCCCAACCAGGAGCGGCUUGAUGAAAUGAGUUGUAAGAACGAUCCCAAACCAGGCUUUUCCUUUGUUCUGGACAACUUUGCCGAGCUGCUGGAUGACACUUUCCUGCAAAACCUCACAACCAAAAUCUGUCAAGAUAAGAAGUGCCCGUCGGCACGACAAAGAUGUCCCAUUUCUUUCGAUGAAAGUGCCGAUAUUUUGGUGAUGAUGGACAGCUCGGCGAGUGUGGGCCAGAAGAACUUCGAGACAAGCAAGACCUUUGUCCGACGUUUGGCUGAGCGUUUCCUGACCGCAGAGAAAAAGAGGGUCGCCACUGUCAAAGUGGCCGUUGGCCAAUACAGCCGGAGCAGCCGCAUGGAGCAGCAGCUAACUACCAAUUUGACCCUGCUGUCUCGUCGCAUUGAAGAGGCAGCCUUCCAAAAUGACGGCACUAAUUUAUUAGAGGCCAUGGAGUUUGCUAUUAAGAAUUUACGUGGCCGUGGAGACGCAUCGGGAGGUGUAAAGAAGCUGGUGCUGUUCUCUGACGGCAGGUCUCAGGAUAUCACUGAUGCUGGGCUGGAGAAGCGCGUACGUGAAGUGGCGGAAGCCGGGGUGGAGCUCUUUGUCAUCGCCAUUGGCACCCAGGUCAAUGAGGCCAACUUGCGCACUCUUGUGAGCAAAGGGCGUCGGGAAGACAUCAUCUCUGCCCAGCGCCACCUGUUCCGCAUCGGAGACUACCCCUCUCUGCUCAGAGGGGUCUUCUACCAAACCGUUUCCCGUAGGGUGUCCAAGUCCUGAGUGAAGGGCCCAAACAACAGGACCAACACGCUUUAGAUUUUUAGUCCCAUUAUGAAUAUUCAGUCAUUCACUCAUUUACCAUACACUGUGUUUGAAUAAAAGAAAAGAAAUGUCACAAAACGACAAAUGAUUGUGUGGCAAACAAAUGGAAAUGUCUUCAUGUAACUUUGAGGGUCUUUUUUGCCCUGGGGUUGGCCUCCAAGUCAAGACCAUCUAAGGCUGUGUACCAUUUCCACCUCCACGCUAGGAUUAUUAGACUAUAAUCCAAGUGAUGGUCCAAACCUAAACCAUUUUACAGUUUUACAGUUGGUUUUGACAGUACACAACUGGGAGGAAUUGCUGCCUGGCAGGCAAAGUUCAGGGUAAAAAAGUCAAAAGGAGUCGGUUCGGUCCUGGAGAGCCAGUACUGGCCACAAUUAAAGUAAAUUUCUAUCUUAGGCUACUUUCUACUCAGGUAUUCUGCAUCCCUGCACCACCUUCAGCUAGUCUAGACCUGUGCUCCAACUUACUUCAACUAAUCAGCAACAAGGCUACACUCUACUGUCUCUCCAGGACCGGAGCUCCUGCCUUUGAAGGAUUUAUGUUUCGGGUUUAAUGUGGACUAAUUUUUGUAGACCUUACCACUCUUUCAAGUGGUGUCGGAUUUGUGAUGUCACAAUUUUACAAUGAAAACAAAUAGAAGUGAAUCAACCACAGCUGUGAAUUCAAAACACGCAGAUCUUUUGUUGAGUGCUUGCUGUACCUAAAUGAUUGUUAACCUGGAAGGUUGGCUCAUGAUUGGCUGGUCAUUUUUAUUUUAGGUUUUGCCCCUUUAAAGUGUCUUGAAAAGGUCAGUUAAAUAAGCAGUCUUGAUAAAAAGUCACACCCGACAUCUCUUGAAAGCUUUAGAUCACCAAACCUACAGGGAAAGCAGGAUAUGACAUCAGACAGACUCAAACAAACCCGCCACUUCACCUGGUACUAAUGAGGACAUGACAGCUGGACUCAACAUGCGUGACUCUAUCUGAGUGUGUGUGUAUCUGUGUUUGUGUGUAUAUGUGAGUACCAAUUACAUGUAUAUGUGUGGAGGUCAUUUUUUAUGUGUAGCUUUGAGCGAUUGUUCCAUAAACAGUUGUGCUGGGGUCACUGGCUCAGAUGACAGAAACCUGUUCUUUAUUUUCUGUGCCAUAGAAAUACCACACACACACACACACACCACACCCACACACAGACACACACACUUUUGUACUUCAUCAGUGAGGUAGGAAAACAUCUGUCACAGUUGAAGGCUGGAAAAAAAAAAACCUAAUGGGACUCAGUCGCCCCUCACACCCACACACAAACAGAAAAGACACACACACCUUUCAGAUCCCCUCAGCUGUAAGUUUCCUACCUUCAGUUUUAUUGUCAUCAGUUGCACAGUGUCACUGUACUGUUGUCAUAUCCGUGGUGCUAUUAGUCCCAGUGUAUCAGCCUCUACCCAUUGUUGUUAAAGAUUUCUUUACCUGAGGAUACGAAGCCUCAGUAGCGUUGUAAGAGCUCCUUCAAUAAAGGUUGCCACACCAAA